AUGCUUUUCAAGUCCUUCCGCUCCAAGUCCUCUUCUAAGAGCACCAACAACUCGAGUAUGGCUCACCGCACCUCCAUGGAUGCACACUCGCACACAACCCAUUAUACCCAAGGCGAUGCCAUGGAUACCAAAGGACCCACGACAAAUAUCAUGUCAUCUCCUGAAUCCGGCAAAACGACAGGAAGCGACGACUACCAAAAGUUCAUCGAAAAAUCGCGAAAAGACGCCGAGCGCGAAGAGAAACGCAAGUUGAAGGAGUUGAAAGAGGCCGAAAGGCGACGACAGGAAGUGAACAUGAGCCCGUGGGCCAGCAGGAUGUAG